CUAUCCCCACCCCAAGACAAUCCCUUUCUUCUCCCCCUUUCUCCAACACCUACUACCAAAAGCCUCAAUUUCUCUCAAAAACUAAUCUCUCUCUAGUUCUUUUUUUUUUUUUUUUGAACUGAACCUCUCUCUAGUUCUUGAACUUUCAAGAUUUCAAGAUUCACAUGGCUGACAAAAGUGGUGGGCUGGCUAUGAUGAGAGAGUACAGAAAAGGGAACUGGACACUGAAUGAGACGAUGGUGCUCAUUGAAGCCAAGAAGAUGGAUGAUGAGAGGCGGAUGCGGCGGUUCAUCGGCCUUCCGGCGGCGGAACAGUCACAUGAUAGCCGGAGUAGUAGUGGUAAUAAACCGGCGGAGCUACGGUGGAAAUGGAUAGAAGAUUUUUGCUGGAGGAAAGGUUGUAUGAGGAGUCAGAAUCAGUGUAAUGACAAGUGGGACAACCUCAUGAGAGAUUACAAAAAGGUAAGAGAGUAUGAGAGACGAAGGGUAGAAUCGUCUUUUGCCACGGAGUCUUCAUCUUCAGCUGCUGCGGAAACGGGGACGUAUUGGACGAUGGAGAAGAGUGAGAGGAAAGAGAGGAACUUACCGAGUAACAUGUCGCCUCAAACAUACCAAGCGCUGUUUGAUGUGGUAGAGAGUAAAACGCACCCUUCUUCGACCGCCGCAACCAAUGUAACCGCAGCAGUCGCUGCUGCAGCAGCAAGUGGAAAUGGUUCAGGCGGUGGACUACAAAUCCAAAAAAUGAUACAACAACAACAAGAACAAGGUUUAGGAUUUGUUCAGAAACAUCAAAUGAAUCAGCCUCACGUUUUAUUACCUCUUCAGCCGCCACCACCACCCCCACUUCCACCGUCUCAAGCGCUGCAACCACGACCGCUACUUUUGUCACCGCCUCCACCGCCUUCCUUUCAUGCGCAGCCAAUACUGCCCACAAAGGAUACUAGCUCAGAUUCUGAUACGAGUGAGCAUCCAGACACAUCACCGGCGAAGCGAAGAAAGACAAUUCCGACAACAACCGCCGGUCCAAGCGGCGCCGGCAGAGGUAACGCAGAAACGGAGGAAGGUGAGACUGUAGUGGCUGCUGCGUUUUCCAGAAGUGCGUCUGUGAUCGCAAACGCGAUAAGGGAGAGUGAGGAGAGACAAGAUCGGAGACAUAAAGAAGUCAUGAGCUUAGAAGAGAGGAGAUUGAUGAUCGAAGAAUCAAAUGUUCAGAUUAACAGAGAAGGGAUGAAUGGAUUGGUGGAAGCCAUUAAUAAGCUCGCGAGCUCCAUUUUCGCUUUGGCUUCUUCUCGCCAUAAUAAUCAGCAUCAAGGAGGUCCAUCAUAAUAUCAUAAAUUUGUUAAUUUGAUUAGGGAAGUGAUUUAAGUACGUAAAUUGCUAUUUAAGUUUUACUCUUUAAAUGAAUUUGUGAAUCCAUGCAAUAUUAAUUAAAAUAUGAUUGUUGAUUA